CUCGUCUAUGACGUUUCCCGAACGCUGUACUUCCGUCAACGUGCGCGUUAAGAACAGAUGGCAUUGUGUGACAUCUAGAUUUAUUUCUGGAAUUGACCUCAGAAUAAUAUAAUCCAAAUGGCUUCCUCCUUUGCUCAGAGUCUAAGAUGCAGAAGUCACUUGUGCUCCAAGACCGUGACUUUUACCAUACAGUAUUUCACUCAGUUUCGCCAUUGCACUACAAGGAGAGGACCAGUGGCCCUAAAUGCAGCUUCAUUUAUCAAUGACAAUAACACACCAUAUCAACCAAGAGAGCGGGGGAAACAACAGAAAUGCUAUUACAGUACUGUUAAACAUGUGGAAAGUGAAGUUAAGGAGUCAAAGUAUUCAAAGGAUUUGUCAGGAAUGGAUUUUGUAUCAGUCAAAAGUCCUCUGUCACAAAUUAGAGAUGUCAUGCCAGUGACUGAAAACCAGAUAUCACUAAAUCUGGAUGUUACUCCUGAGUUGUCAGCAUUAGAAGAGAUCAGUGAUGACGAGGCCAUCACUAUAUCUGUGCCCUCUGCCAUACCUCCAGCCUCCACCUCGCUUAAAGAAUAUGUAGAUCAAUCUGAGACGCUCAGCAAACUGGUCCAGCUAGGCGUCAACCUGUGGAAGCUGGAACAAAGGCCUAAUGUUGGCUCCAUGUUGCUGAGGCUGGAUUUUGAGACUGAUGUGGUCCCAAGGCUGCUGUUUCUCAAAGACAUCGGAGUGGAAGACUCUCGUUUUGGAUACAUCAUCACACACAACCCCUUCAUUCUCACUGAGAGUUUAGAAAAUCUGCAGUCUAGAGUGAAGUACCUCAAGUCAAAGAAGUUCAGUUCUGAGACUGUGGCUUCCAUGGUGUCCAGAGCACCCUAUUUACUCAACUUCAGUGUGAAGAGGCUGGACAACAGACUGGGUUUCUAUCAACAAGAGCUCAGUCUCAGUGUUUCUAACACACGGAAUAUUGUCGCUCGUCUACCCAGAUUGCUAUGUGGUAGUUUGGAGCCUGUUAAAGAAAAUCUGAAGGUGUGUGAAAUAGAGUUCGGCCUGAAGAAGAAUGAGAUCCAACAUAUCAUCAUUGCUGUCCCAAAAGUCCUAACUGCCAAUAAGAAGAAGCUAACCCAAAUAUUUAACUUCCUCCACAACACCAUGAACAUCCCCCACAGGCUGAUUGUCAAGUUCCCACAGGUCCUCAAUUCCAAGUAUUUGCGAAUCAGAGAGCGACAUCUCUUCCUCCAGUAUCUUGGAAAGGCUCAGUAUGACCCAGCACAGUCUAACUACAUCUCAUUGGACCGCUUGGUCUCCUUACCAGAUGAGACCUUCUGCACUGAGGUCGCUUUGGCCACAUUAGACGAUUUUUAUUUGUUUCAAAAGACACUUUGAAUUCUACAACAUCGGACACAUAUAGACCUGAUCCUUCAAACAUAGACAUUAUCCAUUAACUUUAAAAUAAAUUUAAUGUUAAAUAAAUGCAGUCAUUGUUCAUCAGUUGCAUUUUUUUUUAAUUUCAUGCAGUUUAUACACCUGAAAUACUGCUCUAGUAAUGACUGUAACUGUGAUUAUAUUUGUGAUUAAAAAAAAAAAAGAAAACUUAGUGAAGGAAGCCAUACACAUCUGGGUCAGUAAUGCCAAAUGCAGCUUCAUGGUGGAAUUAAGUGUGCUUACUCAAUUACUGCAAUGUACUUUUUGAAGCAUUUGUACUCUCUUGUGUACUAAAUUUUAUGUUCCUUAGACUUGCA